GUUCCUGUGAGCUGCCCGCUUCGGCUUAGCUACCUCCGCCGAGUGACCGCCCGCCAACGACGUCAGACACGAGGUCGCGAACGCGGACAUCUUCGAUAUAUCAAGCUUCACAGAUUGCUGGCGGCCGUGGAGCUUUUAUCUGCAGCGCGCUGCAUUACCUUCGAGUCCGCCCUUCGCUCGCCAUCGCUGCGCCUAUGACACCAUGCCUCCCUACCUAUCACCCCUACACAUAGGCAAACCUUCGCUACCUGACCGCUGCGAACCCGCGAGCGACCUCCUCUACAGCCUCUCCGUCACCCUCGGGUCGUGCAUACCUACGAACCUCGCUCUGAUAUCUACAGUCCUCGGAACAUGCAGUAUCGUGUCGUGGCUCUUCGCACAGCUUCCGCAAAUAUACAAGAACUACAGGUUAAAGUCGACAUCGGGGCUUAGCAUCUUCUUCCUGACCGAGUGGCUGCUCGGCGAUGUGUCCAAUCUGCUUGGCUCGCUGUUCACACAUCAAGCCACAUGGCAAGUCAUAAUCGCGAGCUACUAUGUCUUUGUGGAUUGCGCACUCUGCGGGCAAUGGAUAUGGUACGGGCUUUUGAAGCACGGACGACCACUUCGGCCCAUCUGGAACCGACCGAAAAGCUCAGAUUAUGACAACGGGCCGUCAGGCAUGGAUCAAGUACGUGAUGCUCCGCGCCAAGCAAAGGGUGCCGGUGACAAGACUGUCGUUCCUGUCGCGAAAGAUGGGCUGGACUCGGAUAGAAAAGACCAAUUGCCAACAAGCCCUGGCCGCAGCAUACCAGGCCGAUCAAAUCCCAUGGACGCAUUUCGAAUCCCGAACUAUGCACGCUCGCCAAGUUCGUUCAAGGAAUCGUAUAUAGGAACACCACCCACUGGCACGCCCUCGAACCGGGAUGUCAGACGAGUGGCCGCGUCAAGCUCGCCUAUGCUUGCACCGUCGCCCAAGACCAUCCUCUACAUUUCUCUCAUCCUAGCAGUACUUUCCAAUACUGCGACUGCCAAAAAUGUCAGCCCGUUCGCCCCGGCUGCACACCCAACACAGCAUCUGUCAUUGCACACGCGAGCCUCAGAGCACGCCUCAGCCUCAGAAAUAGCCGGCAAAAUCCUCUCCUGGAUGUCCACAUUUUUGUACCUCGGCUCGCGCCUGCCUCAACUCUACCAGAACCAUGUCCGAAAAUCCACCGCCGGUCUCAGCCCAACCCUCUUCGCAGCAGCCUUUUUCGGCAACCUCUUCUACUCAUCAUCUCUACUAACAAAUCCCUGCGCCUGGUUCAACUACGCACCAGGAGAAGGCUCAGGCUGGGUAGACACGCAAGGUAGCGUGCGCGUUGACUGGGUUCUCCGAGCAACGCCCUUCUUCCUCGGCGCUGCGGGCGUGCUGGUCAUGGAUGCCGCUGUGGGGGUGCAGUUCUGGUACUAUGGCGACAAUGAGCCACGGGGGCGUGGAAAGCUAAGGGACGACGAGAUCAUCCUCGACAUCAACGAUCAUGGGCUGCUGAAGCAAAGGCGCUUCCGUUGGCGCAGGGUGAGCGGGUGGAUGAGAGGAUGGGUACCUGCUGUCAGUGUUGCAGGCACUCCGAGUGCUAGUCGCGCUGGCACACCUGCCGAGACAUCGAGGAAUGAAAGCCCCAGGUCGAGUUCCAGCAGCUCGCAGAGCAUUCCGAUUCGAGGGGAGAGGGGGGCAUUGGAUGAGGCGAGGGCGUUAUUGGGAACCGAGAGGCAUGCUAGUCCGCGAAGCUUUGGUGGAAGCUAUGGAGCGAUGGAGUGAUUCCUUUGGAGGUCAUUGUAGCUUGGCCACACUUGCACACGGUGGGUUGGGCUAUGGCUAUUUCUAUGUGGCAUUGCAUCUGCAUUGGGUGGUGUUCAACGGCUUUCUUGAUACUGCAUGCACGACUAACGGCAACGACUCGGUAUAAUUAUGCAUUCACAAC